AGAAAAAAUAGAAAAAGAGAAAGCUCUCCAACUUUCUUCAGUUCUAUCUAUAGACAGUGGCUUUGAAGAAAUUAGUUACGAUAAUGAAAACGAAAAAGAGAAAGAAAGAGAAAUAACUUGCAACACAGCAAUAGACAACGGAAAAAAAGUUACAAGAGCAAAUAAAAAAUCGUUCAGUUAUUCCGAAUUUUCGUUCGACACAGUUGUGCACAAAUACCAGGCUGGUAGAUUCCAUAGCUCACUACUUAACCAGGAAUUUCAUGGAUUCACGCUCCAGACAAUCUUAGAAAAAACUGCGGAAAUGUCGACUUUAAAAACCAAACAAUUGGAAAAUAUAGACCUAGAAAAAAAGUUACAAAAAGUGAAAACUCGGAAGAAUAUUGAAAAAUGGCGGAUGCAUUCUAGGAAACUGCAAAAAGAAUUAGAACAAAGAAAGAUGAAUGGAGAAGAGAUUAAUCUCAUGAAGAAUCCGCCAUUAGGGAUAGAUCCAGACUGGAAUAUAGAAACAGGUUCCCUGGGAGAAAAUGUGAAUAGAAAAACUGUUAGAUCUCAGGCUGUAUUAAAGGAACGAGAAAUGAUUGAAGAAAUGAUCGACCAGGAAGUUUCGAAUGUUAUCACAAGGACAGGCAGUCCCUCAGGAGUACGACCGGAACUUACAUCUCAGUGUAUUGAUAAGAUUCAGAGGUUGGAGGGGAAACUACACAAGAUGAAGAUAUUAACAAAAGCAUAA